AUGAACUCGCUGAACAUCCUGUCCUCGCGAGUCAUCGGCCAGUCCUCCAGUUCUACACGGCCACGAUCACACUCCCAGGGCGAGAUCUGGCGUCCGGGGAACUUGGCGAAAAACCGGUCGUAUAGCGAGAAUAACUUCCGGUCCCUCACCCCCGAACACGGCUACGACGGCGCCGCAUCGCCCGCGGGGGAAGAAGACCAAGAGGAGGAGAUAACACAUACGUUGGACGAGAAAACACCAUUAUUGCACGACGACCAGGAUGCCGCUACAAUUGCGCUCAGAAGCCCGUGGCAUCUGAUCACCAAGCGCAUCGUUGAUGCGAUUACUGAGACGAUCCGGUUCAUUCUGUCUACUCUCGCUGCCCCUGGCGUAUAUGUCGCCCAAUGCUUCCGCGACGAUGAAGGGCGCUACUCACUACUUGCCCCAGUCAGGAAAGUACGGAGAUCCCGUACCGGUCCAGCGACCCGGUCAGAAAAGGGGAUAGAAGGUCGACAUCGCAGUGGCUCAACCCGCAAGCUGAGGCCCCAGACAUCCCGCGAUUCUGUUGCAUCAAGCACAUCAGAGUCCGAAACAGACCGUCAGAGCCGCAAAGCGUUAACCAGCAGCAAGAAUGGGUCUCCCAAGUCGAAUGCUCCCGACCCAGAUCCAGCUUCAGAAGAGGGUACACCGCGCCGGUCCAUACGAAUCAAGCUUCACAAUGAAGAGUCCCUCAAACGGCAGAGACAGCGGCGGAAUAAUAGCGCUGAUAUGGGGCCGCCCAUGCCCGAGGGUGUCACUCGACUCCAGGGAGCCGUCAACCUGGACAGCUUGAAAUCUCCCACUUCUCCCUCUGUCCAUCGCAUCACCAAAUACCCCCACUCUCCAACACCGCCGCGGCCACUCCUCCCGCAACGACUCCCUUCAUACACCCCUGCGCCGCGCAAUGCCAAGAUCCCGCAGAAGACGCUGGUGCUAGACCUCGACGAGACGCUCAUCCACUCUCUCGCCAAGGGCGGCCGUAUGUCCAGCGGCCAUAUGGUUGAGGUCAAGCUCUCGAUGCCCAUGACCACGGCGCUGUCUCCCGGUGGGCCACAGACCACGCUGGGACCGCAGCAUCCGAUUCUGUACUAUGUGCACAAGCGACCGCACUGCGAUGACUUCCUGCGCAAGAUCUGCAAGUGGUACAAGCUUGUGAUCUUCACAGCUAGUGUCCAAGAAUACGCCGACCCCGUGAUCGACUGGCUCGAGCAGGAGCGCAAGUACUUCCAGGCCCGCUAUUAUCGGCAGCAUUGCACAUUCCGCAACGGGGCAUACAUCAAGGACCUGAGCUCUGUCGAGCCGGAUCUGAGCAAGGUGAUGAUCUUAGACAACAGCCCGAUGAGCUACAUCUUCCACGAGGACAACGCUAUCCCCAUCGAAGGCUGGAUCAACGACCCAACCGACAACGGCCUGCUCCAUCUGGUUCCCAUGCUGGAGGCUCUGCAGUACGUCACGGAUGUCCGCGCCCUGCUAGCGCUGCGCCGAGGCGAGGCCGAGACAUAA